UUCUGCUUCGUGAGCCGCCUGCGCGCCGGGCCCCCGGCGACUCCGCGCCCUGGCCGGCCAUGGCAGCCGCCGACGGCUCGCUCCUCGACGUGGUCGCCGCCCCCAGGACGUUCUCCAGACGACCCCGAGCCCAGGCGGGGCAGCAAGCAAAGGCUACCAAAAGAAAGUACGGAGCGUCCAGUGAGGCUCCCCCAGCAAAACGGAGGAAUGAAACAUCAUUUCUCCCAGCCAAGAAAACUAGUGUUAAAGAAACUCAAAGGACUUUUAAGGAGAAUACACAAAAAACGUUUUCUCCAAAGAAGUAUUCACUUAGCACAAAUGAUAGAAACCAAGAGGAGAAACGGUGCAUUAAGACUUCAUCGUUGUUUAAAAACAACCCUGAAAUUCCAGAACUCCACAGACCUGUAGUAAAACAAGUGCAAGAAAAAGUGUUUACUUCAGCUGCUUUUCAUGAAUUGGGCCUUCACCCACAUUUAAUAUCCACAAUAAGUACGGUCUUAAAAAUGUCUAGUAUGACCCGUGUUCAGAAGCAAACUAUUCCUGCAUUGUUGGAAGGCAGAGAUGCUCUUGUGAGAUCCCAGACGGGCUCAGGUAAAACUCUCGCCUAUUGCAUUCCUGUGGUCCAGUCCCUUCAGGCAAUGCAGUCAAAAAUACAGCGCAGUGAUGGCCCCUAUGCUCUGGUACUAGUACCAACAAGAGAGCUGGCUCUACAAAGCUUUGACACAGUCCAGAAACUGCUUAAGCCAUUUACCUGGAUUGUGCCUGGAGUGUUAAUGGGAGGAGAGAAGAGAAAAUCAGAAAAAGCCAGACUCCGCAAAGGAAUAAAUAUUCUUAUCUCAACUCCUGGACGUCUGGUGGAUCAUAUAAAAUCCACAAAGAACAUUCAUUUUAGUCGGAUACGGUGGUUGGUUUUUGAUGAAGCAGACAGAAUCUUGGAUUUGGGUUUUGAAAAGGAUAUCACAAUAAUACUCAAUGCUAUAAAUGCCGAAUGCCAGGAACGACAGAAUGUCUUGCUGUCGGCGACGCUCACAGAAGGUGUAAUGCGGCUAGCUGAUAUCAGUUUGCACAGUCCAGUCACUAUUUCUGUCCUGGAUGAAAGCCAUGGCCGGUUUAACCCAAAGGGUAAAGUGGCCCAGGAAGUCUCUCGUCCACAAACUGGUGAUGAGCUGGACAGCUUUGCAAUACCAGAGCGUUUGGACCAGCACGUGACAUUGGUUCCCAGCAAACUGAGGCUUGUUUCCCUAGCGGCCUUCAUCCUUCAGAAAUGCAAGUUUGAAAAAGACCAGAAGAUGAUUGUCUUUUUCUCAAGUUGUGAGCUGGUGGAGUUCCACUACAACCUCUUUCUACAGACCCUGCUGAGCAGCUCAGGCACCCCGGCAUUAGGGCAGUUACCAUCUGCCUCCACACGAUUAAAAUUCCUACGGCUGCAUGGCAACAUGGAGCAGGAGGAAAGAACAGCGGUGUUUCAGGAAUUCUCACAUUCCAAAAGAGGUGUCCUUCUUUGCACGGAUGUUGCAGCUCGGGGCUUAGACCUCCCUCAAGUCACGUGGAUUGUUCAGUACAACGCUCCGUGUUCACCUGCAGAAUACAUCCACCGGAUUGGAAGAACUGCCCGGAUUGGCUGCCAUGGGAGCAGCCUGCUCAUUUUGGCUCCUUCGGAGGCAGAAUAUGUCAACUCGUUGGCUUCUCACAAAAUCAACAUUUCUGAGAUUAAGAUGGAGGAUAUUUUGUCUGUUCUGACAAGGAGUGAUUGUUUUAAAGGGCGACAAUGGAGAAACCAGAAAUCCCAUGCUGUUGGCCCCCAGGAAAUCCGAGAGCGAGCCACGAUCUUGCAGACGAUAUUUGAAGAUUAUGUGCACUCCAGUGAGAAGAGGGUUUCCUGGGCAAAGAAAGCUCUUCAGUCCUUCAUCCGAGCCUAUGCAACCUACCCCAGAGAGCUGAAGCACAUCUUCCAUGUUCGAUCCCUCCACCUUGGUCAUGUGGCUAAGAGCUUUGGGCUAAGAGAUGCCCCCCAAAAUCUUAGUGUCUCAGCUCUAAAGAAGAGGAAAGCAAACCUGAAAAGGCCUGACCUUCAUAAGAAGACCCGGAGUAAACACCACCUUGCUGAAAUCUUACGUUCCGAAUACUCAAGUGGGAUGGAGGCCAGCGUUGCCAAGGUCAAAAAGCAAAACAAACACGAAGAGCCCGGCAGCCAACUGCUGCGGCUCGGUGUGCAGCCAGCACCCUGUCUUGGCCGUGGGAAAAAAUUAAGAAACGGAGAAAAACCAAAGAAGGCUUACGGAGACAUCAAGACCUCCGGGAAAGUUUUUUAAAAGUCUCCCUCCACAGCACUGGAUCUGAGAGUGCGUCCUGGAGGCCCCAGUGGCACUAGAUUGAUGUCCUCUUCUUGUCAGAGGAGCCCUGUGAAAAAUAACUGUUGCCUUCUUCUGAAUGCUAAGUCCCUAAGACGCAUAGGAGCCCCAGCUGUUGUCUUUUGUGGGAGGAGCCCUGAUAGAAGUCAGAGCAGAGAGUCAGCACGGUGUCAACUAUCCAAAUAAUGCAGACGGUGUCUACACCGCGUAUUUAUUCCAUCAGUGCCAGACGUUUGCCUUCACCCAUAGAUGAGAUUGUCCCCAACACUUGGCGUGAUGAUGUCCUGUGCACCAGCCUGGCCAGGGUUUGGUUCUUGCCCCGUAAUAGUUCUGGGGAAGUUUUGCAACUUCAGCCCUAUCAAUGCAUAUAUUGGCUUGAAUUUCGUGACCUAGGAUGUUAAAAACUGGAUUUGAAUUUAUAAAAACAGAAAAAGAUAGUUAUCAAGUACUCAUUUUCUUUAUGUACAAAUGCUUUGUUAGGAAGGACCAAAAGUUUUUGGUCUGGUUCAAAAAUACUAAUGUGUUUUCAGGCACAUUAGGAGCCCUCCCGUUUUCUUCUAGAAACGUGCUUCUGUAAACACAAUGUGCUAUUUACAUGCACUACCCCUUCUUUCAUGUCCACAGAAAACUCACUGUCUCAGGGCUAAUUGAUUUACUGUUGCCUUUUUAUUAUUUGCCUUUGAAGUCAAAAGGCACCAGCAUCCUGAGCUGGUUUCCCCCAUCAAAUUCCAUCUUCAGGAAAAGUCUGGGGGUCUUUGUAAUGUAACCCAGGCCACAGCUGCCCUCCUCCCUCCGUUGUGUUUUCUGGGAGGUUUGAAAGAGGCCCCCCGGAGUGCAUUGAUUUCCCAAUAAAUGUAAGAUUUGGACACUUACAGAGGGGUCCAAAAGAGAAAGGGUUAAAAGGCUCAGCACAAAAAAAAAAAAAAAAGCCUCAGCACUGCUGUCUGGGCAUGGCUCCUGCCCUCCUCACUGUGUCUCUCGUUCUCAGUUUUCUCCCUCCUGCUCUGCAGUGACUGUGCAGCCAUCCGUGCUUUCCUAGGAUGAGUGUGUUGAGGCACCACUUCAGUAAACGCCCAGAUUCCCGGGAACCAAGUGGCCAGGGGAGGGUGGUGAGAGUUGCAAGGUGGGCCUUUCUGCAGAGCAUGGAGGGGUCGGCAUCCUUGCCUCCAUUCCAGACACCAGGAGUGCAGCUGACACUGCACCAGCAAGGGCUCCAGCAUGGGGCGACUGUGACCCUAAAGAGGCUUGAUCCUUUGCCAUGGGAAAAACUGGACCUUCUCAGAGUUGGCAGUCACAGACAAACUGAUAGAGACAGUUGGUGAAACUUGUAAUGAUAAUAAAGACAAACCUGUAGAACACGUCA